UCUUCCAGGUGGUGAACCACGGCGUGCCGGAGGAGGCCAUGUCGGCGAUGCUAGCGGCGCUGCGGAACUUCAUCGAGGGGCCGGUGGAGGCCAAGGCGCCGUACUACACCCGUGACCACGGCCGGCGCGUGAGGUACCAGAGCAACUUCGACCUGUUCCAGUCGCCGGCGGCCAACUGGCGCGACACCCUGUUCAUGGAUAUGGCACCGGAGACGCCGGAGCCCGAGGAAAUCCCCCCGGCGUGCAGGGCAAUCGCCCCAGAGUUCUCGGGGCUGGUGCAGCGGCUGGGGAGCACGGUGCUCGGGCUUCUGUCGGAGGCGCUGGGCCUCCGGCGAGGGCACCUGGAGGAGAACGCCGCGUGCCUAGAGGGGCUGAGCCUCGCCUGCCACUACUACCCGGCCUGCCCGGAGCCGCACCUGACGCUGGGCACCACCAAGCACUCCGACCCGAGCUUCAUCACCGUGCUCCUCCAGGACGCCGUCGGCGGCCUCCAGGUGCUCGUCGACGACGACGACAAGCAGAACCCGGCGUGGGUGGACGUGCCGGCAGUGGCGGGGGCGCUGGUGGUGAACGUGGGCGACUACCUGCAGCUCCUGUCCAACGACAGGUUCAAGAGCGUGGAGCACCGCGUGGUGGCCAAGAGCGCGGGGCCGAGGGUGUCGGUGGCCUGCUUCUUCCGGACGGACGGGUCGACGAGGGUGCUCGCGCCGAUCGUCGCCGACGGCGGCAACGCCCGGUACAGGAACACGACGGUGGACGAAAUGGUCAGGCACUACAGGGCCAAGGGCCUCGACGGCGUCUCCUCACUCCAAUACGUCAGGAUCUAAUGAAUCUCACACAAAUGUAUUUGUUGUGCUUAUGAUCGGAAUUCAUGUUCGGGGUUGAAUCAUAUGCUAGUACAGUACAUCUUAGCAACGCAAGAAUAAGAUGCAAUCUUUGUACUCUUCCCAAUGGCGAUAUUGUGGAUUCAGUGUGAAAUGCAGAUAAGAUUUAAUUC